AUGCCGGCCAAACUUACACACACCCAGGAGGCUUCCUUCCUCCUUGAUAUCAUCAAGCACUCGGAUCUAAAGUCGAUAAAUUGGCAGGCAAUCGCAGACAAGAAGCAAAUCAAAAAAGGUGCUGCGCAAAUGCGCUACCAGCGCUUAAAGCAAGCAAUUGAAAAAGCAGAGGCCGCGGAAGCUGGUGUUCCAAUCAAUAUCGUAGACGGCCCUAGAAGUGAUGGCGAAUCUCCACAUUCACCAUCAAUCCAGACCGCUCCGGUCACACCAAAGAAGCCCAGAGCAAACAGGGUUGAGAAACCGAAAACACCCUCGACUGGAAGGAGGAAGAAGAAUGUUACAGUUGAUACUAGCAUGAUCUCCCCAAAUACUAGUAUGAUGUCGGCCUCUUCCUUUGUUUCCACGACCUCUAUGCAUUCCACACCAAGUAUGUCGCCGGUACAAACGCCGAGCUCUCAUGUUCCUUUUAUCAAGAUGGAACCGCGAGAAUAUAUUCCAGCACAUAACUCGAUGCCAAUAGCCGCAGCUUCUGGUAUGAUGCAGGCGAGAAUGACGGGAAUGCCAUUUUAG